CGAAUUUUGAAGCAUUUUUCAAAAAUUAAACUAGAUCAAAAUGUCACGACAAGCCUCCAGAUUGGACGCCAAGAAAGUGUCUUAAGUACCGAACAAUUUGAAGUGCCACCCACCCUCAAAAUCGGCUUCACAUUCGCUUUUGCAGUAAGUGAGGGCGUGUGAGAGGGAAACGCAAGCGAAACAAAAUAGCGCAACCUGCGCGCUAUGGAUAACCAUUUCAGCAGUAACCGCACAACAGCUACAACAAGAAUGAGCAACAACACCAACAACAACAGUAACAACAAUGCAAGUAACACGCCCAACACAAGUGCCAACAAUCCAAAUGUAAACACGGCAACGGCAACAGUUGGACAGCCAAUUCAAGUGAUACCAAUGCCGCUGCUGUCGACAGCUGGCGGUCAAAUCAUAAUCGGGCAACCGCAGACACAGGCACAGGCAGGUGGAUCAACAACUGCCUUGCAGCCUCAAUUGAUACCACUGCAGGCCAAUCAAAUCAUGCUGCAGGCACAACAACAGCCACAGAUGCAAGUGAUGCAGCUGCCCGAUGGCCAGACCAUAUUCUAUCAGACGCCCACGAUCACAUCGCUCGAUCCGAAUGCUGCAGCUGCAGCAGCAGCUGCCGUAGCAGCACAGCCCGCGCCGCACUACCUCAACAUCAAUGGUCAAUUGGUACAAAUAACAGCAGCCCCAAAUGCAAAUCAAGCGACGCCCACAGCCGGGCAGCAGAUUAUAAUGUUGCCCCAAAUGACGGCGGUAAAUGCGGCAGCAGCGGUUGCUGCCAAUACCGCCCAGGCCAGCAACAAUGUGCAACAGCAACAACAGCAGCAGCAGCAACAACAGCAGCAACAGCAACAACAACAGCAGCAACAGGCACAAGUCCAGGUGCAGCUGCAAACAACGACAACCCCUGGUGUCGCUGGUGGUGGUGGUGGCGGUGGCAGUAAUGCGAGCAGUGCAGAUGUGAGCACCAGCACCACAGGCACGAAUACAAACAGCGAGGAGGAUGAGAACUCCAAGGGCGAAGCGGACGAGGAGCCGCUCUAUGUGAAUGCCAAGCAGUAUAAACGCAUUCUGAUCCGUCGGCAGGCACGUGCGAAACUGGAAUCACGUAUACCCAAGGAGCGCUGUAAAUAUCUGCAUGAAUCUCGCCAUCGGCAUGCCAUGAAUCGAGCGCGUGGCGAGGGCGGGCGCUUUCAUAGCGCCCAGGAGAAAGGCGAUACGUCCAGCGGCAUGGACCAGAUCGGUCUGCCAUUAGCAGCAAGUGGCGGUGCAACAUUGAGCCGUGGCACAGCGCGAGCACCACCCAAGCUGAUAGCACCACACCAAACGCCGAGCAUUACCAUCACGGCCAUCAAAACGGAAUAGCCAACGUUUCAGUUUAUAUUGUAGAUAGCACUUAUCAGCCCCCCUUCCCCCUUUAACAUAGUUCUGUAAACUUUAAAUAGUUAUGUAGAAGUAAUAUUAAGCCGUAAUGUUAAGCCUCAGGACAAGUGGAAAUAAAUGUGUAUUUAUUUAAAUGUGUGCAUAUGUAAACAAAACAAAACUUUGCUGUUAAGUUAACAGGGUGAUAUAUUAAGAGUGAGAUCUGCUGUUAAAUUAACAGCUCGGCAAAUGCUAGCUUAACUUAUCAGCUGAAAUUAGAAAUACAUUACGAAACUAAACUCUAAACUUCGUACGCUGUUAACUUAACAGCGGCUUUCAGCAAUCACCUCUGUUAAACAUAGCCUAUAAUAUGUAUAGGUUAUAUUGGGAAAACUCAAUUAUUACCAAAAUAAAACAUGUUUUAUCCUUAGAUAUAGACAGUGUGAACAGUGUCUGCAACGAUUUUAUUU